AUGAAUCGAUUCAUCCCCCUCGCCGUCUUCAUCCUCUCAGCCAUCGACGCUGUCACUGCAGCACCGGCGGCAGCAUCAUCAAAUCCUCUGAGAGGAGGUCCACGCUUGAUAGGAUAUUCGCCAACGAACACGGUCCCCGUUGACAACACGGAGACAAUCUCAUUUCAGUACGCGCCAGGCCAGACAGCCAAUCCUGACAUCGGUCUGUAUCUGGACUUUGAGAAGGUUGAGAAUCCACAGCCGAUCCGAGGAGAUACCGGUGGCACGGAUCCUGGCCCGCGGAACUUGAAUUAUGACAAAAUCAACCCGGAUAAACUCGCUCCUCCAGGAACAGACACUGGGGUUGCUACAAUCAACGCGCAAUGGCCACUAGGUCUUAGCUCAGUCACACUAGGAAAAGAAAGAUCCGGCUGGUCUCGUGAAGAAAAUACAAAUGUCAUGCCCGCUGCUACCAAAAUGGCUGGAGUAAACAUGCGACUCGAAGCAGCCGGAUACAGAGAACUCCAUUGGCAUGUGGCUGCUGAGUGGGCUAUUGUGUUGAAUGGGUCAUGCAGAAUUCAAGCAGUAAACGAUGAGGGUGAGACAUUCGUUGAUGAUGUCGGCGAAGGAGAUGUUUGGUUUUUCCCACCAGGGAUCCCUCACAGCAUCCAAGCACUACAGAACGGCGUCGAGUUCAUGCUCGUCUUUGACCAAGGCUCAUUCUCAGAAACUAACACAUUCCUUGCAUCAGAAGUUUUUGCUCAUAAUCCAAAAGAAGUCCUCUCCAAAGAUCUCGGAAUUGACAUCUCCGCCUUGCAAAACAUACCCGAACACAAACUCUUCAUCUUCCCCGGCACACCAGCACCCACCGACAUACAAGAACAGAAUAAAACCGGCUCAGCAGGAAACAUACCCAAAAACAUGAGUUACUCGUACCACUUCUCAGAGCAGCCUCCGCAACUCCUUGAAGGUGGAACCGUUAAGAUCAUUGAUCCUCUUUCCUUCCCCAUUGCUAGCGACUUCUCGGUGGCUGUGGUCACUAUUAACCCCGGAGCAAUGAGGGAGAUUCACUGGCAUCCGUCGAGUGACGAGUGGACCUUUUUCAUUCAGGGUCAGGGCCGUGCGACGCUUUUCACGCCGCCUAGUGAGGCUACUACGUUUGAUUAUAUGGCGGGCGACAUAGCCUAUUUCCCUCAGUCGAAUAGCCAUUACAUCGAGAAUACUGGGGAUGAGGUACUUAUUGUUUUGGAGGUUUUGCAGGCAGACCAUUACUCUGACAUGUCGCUCGCGCAGUGGAUUGGAUUGACUCCCAAACAAAUUGUGCAAGAUACUUUGAAUCUGUCAAAUGAGACGUUGAGUAAGAUAACCACUGAGAAGAAGAUAGUUGUUGGAUAG